AUGUCUCGUGUGUCGCCGGCCCUGACAAUUGUAAUUAAGCUUGGUACUUCUUCAAUAUGUGAUGAAGAAACCAGUUUACCAUUACUAUCCAAUCUUUCACUGAUGGUCGAGACGAUCGUGAAACUUCGUAAUUUAGGUCAUAGAGUAAUUUUGGUUACCAGUGGAGCUAUUGGAGUUGGCCUAAGAAGAUUGAACAUGAAUAAGAAGCCAAAAAAAUUGGCCGCGAUUCAGGCCGUAGCAGCAGUUGGUCAAGGAAGAUUGAUGAGGAUGUACGACGAUUUAUUUAGUCAACUGAAUCAACCAAUAGCUCAAAUACUAUUGACCAGGCACGAUCUCUCAGAUGAAAUCAAGUUCGGCGACAACGAUACUCUUUCGGCCGUAACGGCCGGAAUGGUAAACGCCGAUUAUCUGUUUUUAAUGACCGAUGUCGAUUGCUUGUACACGGAUAAUCCAAGAACAAAUCCUAACGCCAAGCCUGUCGAGAUUGUUGAAGAUGUCGGUGCGUUGAGAGACCGGGUUUCGUCACCUGGUAGCACUCUAGGUACUGGAGGCAUGUUCACAAAACUGAUCGCGGCGGACCUAGCAACUGCCGCGGGAGUCACGACAAUCAUAAGUCGUGGUUCAAACCCUCAAAAUAUCCUGUCCAUCAUCGAUUAUCUAUCAUCUGCCUCCAAGGAUCUAUUGCCGUCCUCACCACCUCUGCACACUCGCUUCUUGGCGAAGGAUAAUCCGAUGGUGGACCGAAAGUGGUGGAUAUUGCAUGGUUUGCACACAGCCGGCACCAUUCACAUAGAUGAGGGAGCCAUGCGGGCGAUUACAAAAGUUGGCCUGAAAAGCAGUCUAUUCGCGGCGGGUAUCGUGAAGGUGGAAGGAACCUUUGUCGCACACCAGGCUGUUAACUUGACCAUUGAGAGGGUCAGGAAGGACGGUAAAGGAGAGAUGGAAACGGUGGUUGUUGGAAAGGGAUUGGUGAAUUAUUCGUCGACGGAAAUUUUUAGGAUUAAAGGAUGUAAAAGUUUUGAGAUCGAAGAGAGAUUAGGAUACGCUGAUUCCGAGUGUGUGAUCCACAGAGACAAUUUGGUAAUCACCAUAAAGAAUGUUGAGGAUAGUUGA